ACACGGGGACCCGGAGGCUCCCCGACACCUGCGGGGGGUCACGUGGCUUAGGUCCCAGCGGGGGUCACGUGGCUUCGGUCCCAGCGGGGGUUUCGCGCCGCUCUGCAGGAUUUUAAGCGCAAGGUUUCAAACAUAACAGGGCGUCUCUGCUAUUAGUAGCUUUGUUUUACAGUUGAGAAAACCAAAGCAGGACAAAGUGAAGUCGGGGUCACGGAAGUGGGAGGAUUCGAUUUCGGGCCUUCGCAAUCAGCGCUCUCCGCUGCGCCACCUAGCGGCCGGGCUCGGGAAGCCCGCUUUCCUCCCGAACUACGAGUCCGGGGCUCUUGGGAGCCUGGCCCUCGAGCGCCCCCUGGCGCCCGGAACUCGGCUCGAGGAUAGUUUCCUCCCUCUCAGGAAGUUCUUCGGAGGACCGGAAGUAGGAAAAAGGGACUCUUCCCCGCGGCCGCCCUCGGAUCUCGAGCUGGCUCCGCUGAGCCCCAGGCGGCGGUUUUCCCAAUGGAUCGUUAGCAGCGCGGACAGCCGAGUGGAGCAGCUCCGGGUCUGUCCUCUUCCUGAGGCGCCGCAACUGAAGGCAUGGCCCAUGGCCGCUCCCACAAGCGCUCCAGGAGCCGCAGCCGCAGCAGCUCCCAUGGGCCUCCCGAGCACGGGGAGAGGAGGAGGAGGAGGAGGAGCAGUAAGGACACUGGGAGGAGUCCCUCAGCCUCCAGCUCUCAGGGCCGUCGGAUCAGCCUAGGUUCCAAUGGGGAAGAGAGAAGCAGGGAUAAGGCUCGCAAGAGAAGGCGGCCCAGGUCUUCCUCUUCCUCCUCCUCCUCCUCCUCCUCCUGCUCCUCCUCCUCCUCCUCCAGCUCUUCUACCUCCUCUUCCUCGGGGGCCUCCAGUGGGGGCAGGAAGAAGCGAGGGAAGCGGAAGGACAAGAAGAGCACAAAGAAGAAGGCAAAGAAGAAGCUGAAAAAGAAGAAGAAAAAGAAGAAGAAGGAGGAGGAGAAGGCGGCUAAGGCAAAGGCCAAGGUGGUGGAGGAGAUGCCGGGCCCCUCGCUGGAUCAGUGGCGGAAGGAGCCCCUGGGGGAGAGCGGCCCAGUACUGACAGAUGAGCAGAAGUCCCGCAUCCAGGCCAUGAAGCCGAUGACCAAAGAGGAAUGGGACGCCCGGCAGAGCAUCAUCCGCAAGGUGGUGGACCCUGAGACAGGCCGUACCAGACUCAUUAAGGGGGAUGGCGAGGUUCUGGAAGAAAUUGUAACCAAAGAGAGACACAAGGAGAUUAACAAGCAAGCCACGAGGGGGGAUGGGCUGACUUUCCAGCUUCGAGCAGGUCUGUUGCAGUAAGACCCCCAGCCUCCUUCCUUCAACCUCCUGGGCCCCUGUGCCCGCCCCCAGCCCAGCAGGGCUCCAUGGACUUGGGGGUCCCUGGGAGGGGGGAUAGCACGGGCUCCCCCAGGUGAGGGCAAAGAUUCCAGCUCCAAGAUGCUGGUCCUUCUCACUCCUGUCCUGUGUUUGAGGCGCUGCCCAGGCCAGGCCGGGUCCUCCCGGUGCGGGCGGAGGGUUUGCCAGCUCAGGGACCGGCCCGAGCCAGAAGUGCACACUGACACCCCCGCCCCUCCAGGGGACGUGCCUCGUGCUUUCAUCCCCAUCCCCUCCUCCCUCCCGUAGUGGGUUCUUGGAGUGGGGGCUCAUAGGGUCACCAGAGCAGGCCUGGCUGACUUUGCCCCAGACUGGGGCCUGGCCUGGAGGCCGGGCUUCCAGGGAAGGGACAGGGGCCCCCGGCUGGGCGGGGCCCACGAGUCCCCCGUUGUUGCUUCUGUUCCCACCCAACAGGUUCUCCUGACAAUAAAACCCUCCCAGCCUUA